AGUUGUUUGUUUGUCAAGAUAAGAGGACUAAAUCUCAUUAGUCAGGGAGAAAGUCACUCCAACUCACUCAUUUUGACUUUAAUAAAAAUACUGUGAUCAUCUCCAAAUACACCUCAACAUUGUGGGCAAGCUUUGUGGCAAAUGCCGUUGAACUGAAGGUCUUGCUGUUUUAUUUGUCAAAAUGAAAUAUUCUGUCGUACCUUGAUGAAGAGGCAUUCACUGACUGUGUCCUCACUCAGCCCCAUUAAGGAUGGUAACAGCAGAGGGGUUAAAGGUGAGGCAGUGGCCCCCUUCACUCACUGUAAUGCGGGGUCAGAGUGCCAACCUGUCCUGCCGUUUCGAGGCCACGUCCUACGGGGUGGAUUGGUUCAAGAUAGAGGGGGGCGAAAAGAUCCCCGUCCCAGAUUCAGCUGGGCAGACGUCCCUGGUGAUUACCGAGGUGUCCGUGGAGGAUGCCGGUGUGUAUUACUGCGAGGUCAACGUCCUACACAGAGAUUCAGAGCGAGGGGGCGGCACAAAGCUCAUUGUCCUGGCACCCCCCUCUGUGCCUCAACUCCUCCUCCAGGUCCCCUCGGACCCCCAGACGGACCAAUGGGCUCUCCUCUGCGUCACCGGUGGGUUCUACCCACACCACCUCACCCUAAGCUGGACACACCAGAGUGGAGAAGAUAGCCCCCACCACUUUGUUGGCCGCAACUGCACCAUUCACCCUGACUACCAUGACGUCAACCAAUCACACAGCCUAAUUCCAAAGAUCUCAACUCCUAAUUGGAUGGGAGAGUGUUUACAGGUGACGGACAGCUCCAGAACGGAAGUGUAUGUAAUCAGUGUGCUGUCCCUCCCCCCGCGGGGGUCUGUGGAUGCUGGGAUCUUCUACACCUGUAGUGUGCAGGAUCACCCUGCGCUGGACUCCCCCCUGUUUGCCUCCUUCACCUGGGGAGGAAGGCAGGCUCCGUGUCUACCAUAUCCUAUCUCUACUCUAAGUUGGAAGUUUGCCCGCCAAUGA